UCGGCUCGGCGCCACGCAUUCCACGUUUGAAUUUAAACUCUCGUUUCGAACCCGGGAACCGUUCUGAAACUUUUUUCUCUAAUAACUUGAGGGUUCUGAAACGCUGGUAUUUCAUGAGUGCGCGUUAGUGAAGUGUGUUUCGUUUUUCGAAUCGGUUUUGCUUUUUGAUAUUAUGUAGCGGGGUUAGUUGUUUUUUUAUGAGUGAACAAGUAUAUAGUGGAAAUUUAUGAAAUAUAAGUUCAGUUGUAUGCUGAAAAAAUAAGCUUUAUUUAUAGGCACAUAGGCGCUAUGUGAACUGCCCCACAAUGGACGGUGGAGUCUUGUGAAUGAGCCAUGGCGGCGCGUUCCUGCCUCUUCGUCGCGCUCGCUUUCACAGUCGAAUGCGCGUGUUCGCUGCAGCUGUUAGAACUGCGCGUGCCCGCGCACGUGGCGCGCGGCGCGCGCGCAGCACUCGCGUGCCACUGGCAGCUCGGGCCGCACGACGUGCUCUACUCCGUCAAGUGGUACAAGGACGGCAAGGAGUUCUUCCGGCACGUGCCACGAGACCCGGAGCCGAGGAGGCGGUUCCCGCUGCCCGGGGUCCAUGUUGAGAAAUCUGACUCGUCGGGCUCAAACGUGACACUAGGCCCGGCCGAGUUGGAGACAGAAGGCCGCUACCGCUGUGAGGUGUCCGGCGAGAGGCCGCUCUUCCCUACCGUGUCCGACCACGCCGAUAUGACUGUGGUCGUGCUACCGGAAAGCGGUCCAAUGCUAACCGGCUUCCGGUCGCGAUACCGCGCCGGCGAGCGCGUGCAAACGUCGUGCACGGCGGGGGCGGCGCGCCCAGCACCGACGUUGGCUUGGUACGUGAACGGCGAGCCAGCGCCACCCGCCACGCUCGGCACUUUGGCGAGUCGCGCGCACAAGGGGCUCGAGACGGUGACGCUGCCGCUGGAUUUCAGAGUCACUGAGGACCACUUCAAGAACAACGGCCUUAAAGUCAAGUGCCUAGCAACCAUAGAGUCCCUGUACUGGCGCAGCAACGAGGAGAGCGCAGUGCGCGUGCGCGACAAAUCAUACGACACCAUGGAGCUUCGCCCGCGCACCGCUGACGCCGACAUCGUCGAAAAUAUCGGCGGCGCCGACGCCGGCAAAAGUGUACCUAGCAGCGCGCAGGGACAACCUGUGUUUAGUAUGGUGAUCUGUAUUGGUUAUGUAAUAAAUAUUUUAUAA